AUGGCGGCUGGCGGGGCUGUUGCUGCGGCGCCCGAGUGCCGGCUUCUGCCCUACGCGCUGCACAAGUGGAGCUCCUUCUCCUCCACCUACCUUCCCGAGAACAUUUUAGUGGAUAAACCAAAUGAUCAGUCGUCGAGAUGGUCUUCUGAGAGCAACUAUCCUCCCCAGUACUUGAUUCUGAAGCUUGAAAGGCCUGCUAUAGUUCAGAAUAUUACAUUUGGAAAAUAUGAGAAAACCCAUGUCUGCAACUUGAAAAAAUUCAAAGUCUUUGGUGGAAUGAAUGAAGAAAAUAUGACAGAGCUCUUGUCCAGUGGCUUGAAGAAUGAUUAUAACAAAGAGACAUUUACUUUGAAACAUAAAAUUGAUGAACAGAUGUUCCCUUGUCGAUUCAUUAAAAUUGUUCCACUUUUGUCCUGGGGGCCCAGCUUUAAUUUUAGCAUCUGGUAUGUUGAACUUAGUGGCAUUGAUGAUCCUGAUAUAGUGCAGCCCUGUCUGAACUGGUACAGCAAGUACCGCGAACAGGAGGCCAUUCGCCUUUGCCUGAAACACUUCAGACAGCACAACUAUACAGAGGCUUUUGAAUCCCUGCAAAAGAAAACCAAGAUUGCACUGGAGCAUCCAAUGCUGACAGAUAUGCAUGACAAGCUGGUGUUGAAGGGAGACUUUGAUGCCUGUGAAGAGCUGAUCGAAAAAGCAGUGAAUGAUGGCUUGUUCAAUCAGUAUAUCAGCCAACAGGAGUAUAAGCCACGGUGGAGUCAGAUCAUUCCUAAGAGCACCAAAGGUGAUGGAGAAGAUAACCGACCAGGAAUGAGAGGAGGCCACCAGAUGGUCAUUGAUGUUCAGACAGAGACUGUUUAUUUGUUUGGUGGCUGGGAUGGAACACAAGAUCUUGCUGACUUCUGGGCAUACAGUGUGAAGGAGAACCAGUGGACAUGUAUUUCUAGAGACACUGAGAAAGAGAAUGGUCCUAGUGCCAGGUCGUGUCAUAAAAUGUGCAUUGACAUUCAGCGGAGGCAAAUCUACACCUUGGGCCGUUACUUGGAUUCCUCUGUGAGGAACAGCAAGUCUCUAAAGAGUGACUUCUACCGUUAUGACAUUGACACCAAUACCUGGAUGUUACUAAGUGAAGACACUGCUGCUGAUGGUGGACCAAAAUUGGUGUUUGAUCAUCAGAUGUGUAUGGACUCAGAAAAGCAUAUGAUCUACACCUUUGGUGGUAGAAUUUUGACCUGUAAUGGCAGCGUAGAUGACAGCAGAGCCAGUGAGCCACAGUUCAGUGGCUUGUUUGCCUUCAACUGUCAGUGUCAAACCUGGAAACUUCUUCGAGAGGACUCCUGUAAUGCUGGCCCUGAGGACAUCCAGUCUCGAAUUGGACACUGCAUGUUGUUCCACUCAAAAAACCGUUGCUUAUAUGUAUUUGGUGGCCAGCGAUCUAAGACCUAUUUGAAUGAUUUCUUUAGCUAUGAUGUGGACUCUGAUCAUGUAGACAUAAUUUCAGAUGGCACCAAAAAAGACUCUGGAAUGGUUCCAAUGACCGGUUUCACACAGAGAGCAACUAUUGAUCCAGAACUGAAUGAAAUUCAUGUCUUAUCUGGACUUAGCAAAGACAAAGAGAAGAGGGAAGAGAACGUCAGAAAUUCAUUCUGGAUUUAUGACAUUGUGAGGAACAGCUGGUCUUGUGUCUAUAAGAAUGAUCAAGCUACAAAAGAGAAUCUGAGUAAAAGUCUUCAGGAGGAAGAACCAUGUCCACGGUUUGCCCAUCAGCUUGUUUAUGAUGAAUUACACAAGGUUCAUUAUUUAUUCGGUGGAAAUCCAGGAAAAUCUUGCUCUCCAAAGAUGCGACUGGAUGACUUCUGGUCACUGAAGCUGUGCAGACCUUCAAAGGAUUACUUACUGAGGCACUGCAAGUACCUCAUAAGAAAACACAGGUUUGAAGAAAAGGCCCAAAUGGAUCCUCUUAGUGCUCUGAAGUAUUUACAGAAUGAUCUUUAUAUAACUGUGGAUCAUUCAGACCCAGAAGAGACAAAAGAGUUUCAACUUCUAGCCUCAGCUCUGUUCAAAUCUGGCUCAGAUUUCACAGCUCUAGGUUUUUCUGAUGUGGAUCACACCUAUGCUCAGAGAACUCAGCUCUUUGACACCUUAGUAAAUUUCUUUCCUGACAGCAUGACUCCUCCUAAAGGCAACCUGGUAGACCUCAUCACACUGUAAACUGGGGAGUCAAGUUGAGGAAUUGCUGGGCUCAGAAGUAGAGACAGGAGUCGGAGUUCAUUCAGUGUUUGUGUGAGCAGAGGUGACAUCACAAUGACUGAGGACUGCAUCAAAAUUUUGAAGGAUCCUUAUUAUCACAAGUUUUAGCCCUCUUCCUUAAUACCCAACCUCAAUCCCCUUUUCCUUAUAUUCCUACAUUAGGCUAAUAAAGCAAAAUUGAUAUACUUCCCAUUUAAUUAUGUAUAUUUUUCUUUAGCUUUUAAUAGUAUUAAUGAAAAUUAGGCUUUUUUAUUUUCCUCUCCAGCUUUUUAUAGUUUACUUUUAGUUAGGAAAAUAGCACUAGUAGACUCAGUGCUGUAGGGAUUUGUGGUUUUGCUGUUGAGUUGUUUGGCAUUUGU